CUAUUUUGGCGCAUUCAAAAACUUGAUAGCGAUAUCCUACCCCUAUCUAGUGCAUGAUGUCGAUUGUACAGGGUCAACGUUCACGUACAUUCGGCAACAAUCAUGAUCGACGAAGUUCUUGUCCACAUUUCCACGCCUGCUACACGACAGAACGAUGAGCUCUUUCGAUCUUUGGCAAAUGCUUACACUGCUUUCCAGCCUUAUCAGGUCCACCGCGAUGAAUCUGCACGGAAGAGGAAGAGGAUAGAUCAUGCAGCCAGUCCGGACCCGGAUGCCUAUUUGACGCGAGGGGGGAAAAGCGUUAUUCGAGAUCCUGCCAACUCAUCAGUACUGACAGGUAGCAAAGAAUCAUACGGUAGCUUUCCGUCCAAUCUGUCUUCCGACGAGCGCCAUCAAGACCAGGGCUCAGCCCAAGUUGAUGAUGAUACAAUGCGUCCAAUCGGCCGCUUGGCUCAGCUUGACCGGAGCUACCUGACCUGGCGAAAAUGCGCGACCCCCAAGUCGAGCUUUACGCGUAGUCAGCGAGAGCCACAGACCAGUGCUGAUGGCGCGGAAGAUGCCGAUACUGGAUUUAUCGAAGACUCGCAAUCGGCAUUGCAAGCUCUGCAAAGCCAAUUACAAGACACCUAUUCGACAACUUCUGAAAACACCUCCGAGGAUGAACAAUGCCAAGAUGACAAUGCCGGCAACGCCGUAGAACAUUCGUCUCGUAAACUCAGUCCAGUUUUGAGUCAAAGUGGCCAGUUAGAUGGAGAAGUGCAAUUGCCAGCCCCGGUGGAAGAUCAUGUUCAAGCGGAUUUGGGAAGAAGUUUGUCGAGAGAACCUACGGACCUGUCCAUGCACACGACUCGAGCAUCUCAGAGCGCACUUGAUACAAUUUCGGAUCGACCGGACUUUUCCGAGCUUCCAACCGAUGUGUUCCCAUGCGGUCCCGCUAUAUCUGUAGCGUGUCCCGGGACUUUACCCUCACAAAUCACAAAACACCUCGCAGCAAUCAAGACCAGAAACCUGAGUCGCUUUAGGCCACUGAAGACUCGGCGGAACUUGGACGCUGAUGAGCGCGGCUAUUGGCAUGUUGACUGCACACAGUGGUCUCCAAAAAUACAGCAGGAUUUCUGGUCGUCACUUCACGAGCACGUUCGCAGCGGUCGAAUUGGGUGGGGAGCGACUCUGCAUCGAGACCCUGAAUCUGGUCAGACAUUAGGACUUGUAAGGCUCUACUGCUGGGGCGAGGUUGUGGAGCACAUGUGGUUGCUCCUGUGGCUCUGCUCGGAGGGAAAGCUAUUCAACUCGCGAUCCAAGUGGAUUGAUGCCAAUGCUGUUGCGGUCGUUGAGAUGCAAUGAGACUGGAAUGGAGGACACUCGACAUGAGCCACUACUUCACUUUGGAUAGAAA